AUGAAUACGAAUACAGACUUGAAUCAAUUGCUAUUCCAAAAAUCUAAUUAACCUUAAUAAUCCUAGAAUCCUGAUAUUACAAUUACUUCUUAUAGCGAUAUAUCAGAUGGAACUCCAAAUAAAUAAUCAUUCAAAUUUGCAACUAAAACAUAAUAAGAAGAAAUUCAGCCUUAAAUGCAAGCCUCAAAUUCAAUUAUGGAAUCUAUGACUCCAAAGAAAAUCAAUAAAUUAAUUGAUUGGUCCAAAUACAAUGUUGCUCCUGGAAAUGGGAAAAACAUUUUCCCUUAAGUAGCAGGUAUUAGUAUUGAAUUCUCUAAUGAAAAUUCAUUGAAUUUUAAGCAAUAAAUUAAAGUAAAUGAUGACAAUUUCUCUCAUAAAUUCAUUGAAAUUGAAUAAAAGUCAAAAGAUUUCUCUAAUAUAGAUGUAUUGACUAUAAAAAAUGAAUCAUUAGAAUAAAAAAAAAAUGAAUCUUUAUAGAAUACAAUUUAAUUAAAAGAUCAAAUAAUAACUGAAUUAAAAAAUGAAUUAAAAUAACUUUAAUCAUAAGAUUAAACAUUAUAGCAAGAAAUUGAAAAAAUGUAUAAAAUACUGCACACUAAAGAAAAAAAAAUAGAAAAUUAAGAAAUGUAAAUAUCUAAUCUUACUACUCUUAUAAAAAAUGAAUAACAAGAUUAAAAUAUGUUAUCUGAAAUAAAAAUAAAAGAAAUUAAAAGAUCUAGUGUUUUCGAAGUCAAUACAAAAUGUUAACAUUGUUUAGCUGGUAAACAAGAAUUAAAAAACAUAUUAAAAGAAUGUUCUUUAGAAAAUGAGUAAAGUAUUCUUGAUAUUGAAAAUGAUUUGCCAGCCUAAAUUCGAGAAAUUGUCACCUUAUUAUUAUCAAGAUAAAGAGAAUAAAUUGACAUAGCAUUAGAAUAAUAGGAUGAAAUGAUAAAAGAAUUAACAGAUUAAAUUGAAUAAUAUAAAGAAUAAAAAACUUAAGUCUUGGAAGAAAAUAAUUCAUUAUAAAAAAAGAUUUAAUUAAUAUUUAAUGAAUAAUAGGAAUAAGAAAAGAAUUUAAUUGAAGAAUUUGAAAAAAUAAAAAAAAUAAAUUAUAAUCUGGUUUAAGAAAAUUUUCAGUAUAAAUAAUAAAUAUCUUCAUCUAAAAACAAAGAGUUAAUUAAAUAAUCUAUGGAUAUCGAAAAAUUAAAAGGCUCUAAUUCUAUUUAAUCAGAUAAAAGUGAACUGUAUAAUGAUAUCAAUUUAAUGAGACAAUAAUUCUAAAGUCAAAUUAAAGAAUUACUUGAAAAGAAAUAAGAAUAUGAGAAGUAAAUUCAAUAAUUAAAAGAAGAGUCCUUUUCAAAAGUAUAUUAUUUUAUUAAUAUAAUAGAGUAAUUACAAAUUUUAGAUUUAAAGCAUUAAAGAAAAAGAUAAAAAGAAUAUUGAAUUAUUCUCUUAAAUAAAAAUGCUUUAAUAAACAUAAAAAGAAAAUGAAAAGUCAAUAUUAGAAUUAAAAGAUGAAUCAGAAAAAUUAAAAAAGAAAGUCUAAUUCAAAAAUAUUGAAGUUAAACAAUAUAUUGAAUAAAAUAAAAUAUUUUAAGAUAAGAAUACCGAGUUGAAUGGUAAAAUUAUUCAAUUACAAUAAUAAUUAAUUUAAUUAGAAUCAAAUCAUAAAGACUUUAGGUAAUCACCAAAAAGUAGAAGUUUAGAAUAAAGUCGAGUUAUUAGUUAAUAUUUAUAGCCAAAUCUAAAUCAUCAAUAAUUAAAUCAAUUAAUUAAUGAGUACAAAAGUUAUCAAUAAGAAUUUAUAGAUUUAAAAGUAGUCUUUGCAGAAAAAAUAAAAUAGCAUGAAAUCUUAUAAAAUGUAUUUAUCUAUUUAUUAUUAUUAGAAAAUACAAAAAUUAUAAAAUGAUAAUUUCUCAUUAAAUCAUCUUAAUUAAAAACUUAUUAAUGAAAAUAACAAAAUUAAAGAAGAUAGAAUUAUUACUAAAAGGACUAGUGAAGAAUUUACAACUGGUGUCAGAUGGUCUGCCGCUACUGGAGAAUCAAUACACAUGAAGACUUUUAUUUAAUAAUCUGAUGAUGAUAAUGAAAAGAAAAAAUAAUUUAAUAUUUUAGAACUUAUGUAACCUGAAUUAUUAUCCACUGAAGAGACUAUUCAUAUUCUAAAAGAGAUUUUAAUAAGAUCUGUAAAAUCUCUCGAAUUAAUUAAGAAGAUUUAUUAGAUAUCAGAGAUUAAAGAACUUUUAGUUAUAUUUUCGAAAAUAGAUGAAAAAUGUUUAAUAUCCAACUCAAAAUUGAAUAAAAUUAUUAGUUGUGUCUUAGAAGAAAAAAGAAAAUUAUUAUAGACAAAUAGAAAUGAGAAACCAGAUUUUUUUAAUUCUUGA